CCGCCGACGAGAAGCGUGACCGAUAGUCUCGAUGUUAAAGUCGCCUGUGCCAACGGUGUGUGCGAGACACGGCCACGUAUAAUAUGUGGGCAAAGAUAUAGUGAAGUCGUAGAUCGAGUGAACCGCGGUGUAAGAGUGCACACAAGUGGAGAAAAUAGGCCAAAAAAGGGAAGAAGAACGAUCGACGAGACCGAGGAUUAUAUCCACAAAGUGAGUAUGUCCAGGAGGAAACUUGGCGGCAACAGACAAUUUGACAACGUGGAUUAUACACAGCUUACGGAAACCGACAAUGGUUUUGUUGAUUCUCAGUUUGUGAAUCCACCUGUAAAAAUACCAUGGAAGGCCAUUACAUUAGCAGCUCUCCUGUUUGUUGGAGGUACCAUCAUGCUCAUUAUGGGUAGCCUGAUUGUGAGUGGACACAUUGAUUCCAAAUAUUCUGACCGUAUGUGGCCAGUUAUUAGUUUAGGAAUUUUAAUGUUCAUACCAGGAGCUUACCAUAUGAGGGUAGCCAUUUUAGCAUACCAAAAAGUGCCAGGGUAUUCUUUCGACGAUAUACCGGAAUUCGAUUAAUCGCGCAUUACUUUUUUUUUUACUAAAACUAGCUAGAAAUUCGAACUUUUUACUAGAAUCGUAAUUAUCUAACAAUACACUAAAUUGUCCAUGUCUAUUUUUACGGUCACGUACAAUUUUCCGAAAAUUCAAUUAUGAUAUUUGAAAGAUGUUUGCCUUGAAGGAGCUCUGUAUAUUAUUUCUGUAUAUAGUUGAAGCUACAAGUACUUAAAACUAUUAUUAUUAAAUGAAUUUGUUACAACA